AGUGUGUCUCAACGUUAGGAGGAUACGUUCAGGGCGCUCCGACAUGAUUCAACCGUAAAACAAGUUUAGUUUUUGACACUUUUUGUCUUAUUGUAGCUUUUGUAAUAGUUCGGUUUUCCGUUGGCAAGUUUUAACAAGCUUUGAAUUUAUCUUAAAGUGUCACGUUGAAACAACUCUCGAAACGCUACUUCUGGAUUCGCUGCAAGCUCUUCUGUAACGUUAUCGACCUGUGACAUAAUGCUCCGAGGUGCUGCAUAGAACUAGAUACCCACAAUGAAUCCACAAACGCUGUCACUGAGAGCCCUGCUGUUUCUGGGGCUCUGGCAAACUGGGAGAAGAUGUCUAGCCUCAGCCCCAGAGCUGAAGAUCCAACCACAAAAGAUAGCCGUGGUGGGAGCGGGCAUUGGUGGCUCAGCUGCAGCGUUUUACCUGAGGCAGGAGUUUGGACCCGGAGUAAAGAUCGAUGUGUUUGAACCUGAUACUGUUGGAGGACGACUUGCGACAGUGAAGUUUGGAGAUCAGGAUUAUGAGACGGGAGGAGCAGUGAUCCAUCCUCUCAACCUACACAUGAAACACUUCAUUGAAAAAUUGGGUAUUCCUCCAAGGAAAGAUGUCCGCUCUAAGGCGGCAAUCUUUGAUGGAAAGGAGCUCACUUUUGAAGAGAGUGACUGGUAUAUAGUAAAUGUUUUGCACAUGCUCUGGCGAUACGGGUUCAACUUUCUCCGAAUGCAUAUGUGGGUGGAGACCGUUUUGGACAAAUUUAUGAGGAUCUACCAGUAUCAGCAGUAUGGUUACUCAUUCUCCAGUGUGGAUAAACUCCUUCAUGCCAUGGGUGGAGAUGGUUUUCUUACCCUGCUGAAUCAAACUCUGGAGGAAACGAUGAUGGCCGAAGGAUUUCCGCAGGUCUUUAUCAACGAAGUCGUCUCACCCAUCACUCGUGUCAACUAUGGCCAAAGUGUCCGCCUCAAUGGCAUUGUGGGGGCAGUGUCAUUAGCAGGCGUAGAUUCAGGCCUGUGGGCAGUGGACGGAGGCAAUAAGAGAGUGUGCUCCGGACUGCUCUACAUCAGCAAAACUGAGCUCAUCACUGCCAAAGUGACCUCCAUUUCAAUCAAAGUUCGACCAUCCAAGUCAGGCACCACAACUACUUUCUACGAGGUAAAUUAUGUUGGAGAAUCAGGCUCAGCACACUCUCUGUAUGAUAUCGUUGUUAUAGCAACACCGCUUCACCAGGGAAAGUCGGACAUCAUCUUCUCAGGCUUCUCCCCCCCUCUCCCGUCUCACUACCCCGGACGCUACCACCAGACUGUCUCCACUCUGAUCCACGGCAGGUUGAACAUGUCCUUCCUCGGGAGCACAAAGAAGGCCUCAGACUUCACUGUGUCUGACAUCCUCACCAUGGACUCAAAGGACUCCAUCAUCAACAGCCUGAGCUCUAUUGACCCUGUUCAGAUCCCAGAGGGGUACAUUCGGCCCCCUGCCAGCGUGGCCAAAGUCUGGAAGGUGUUCUCUCCACAGCCGCUGACCCAGGAGCAGCUGCAGGACAUGUUCAUCACCUGGGACUCAUCGUCAGAGACCAGGUGGCUGGCUUAUCCUAUUUACCGCCCACCGCAACGUAAGACCCCUCCCUUCAUCCUGCACAACCGGCUGUACUACCUGAAUGCUGUGGAGUGGGCAGCCAGCGCCAUGGAGAUGAGCGCAAUCUCUGCCAGGAACGUGGCCCUGCUGGCCCACCACCGCUGGCACCAGCAGGAGGGCAAGGUCGACCAGGAAGACCUGCACACACGACUCAGAGGGGAACUCUAAACUAAUAGCAAUACAAAACCAUCAUUCAAGCACAGUACAAACCCACACGGACCCUCAUUGAUGCACAUACUGCACUAUAAAACCCCCUCUCUAUUCAGGGGUGUGGGGCGCUAGGAUCCCUUUAAGAGGGAGACACUACAGGUGAACAGGGUAAAACCAUUUUAUAAAUAGAUCACAAUAAGACUUACACUGUAUUACAAAUCUGUCAAUCUGAAUAAUGGAAAAAACGAUGGACAUGUUUAGAGUUUUUACUCAGGGAAUGUUGGUCAUCGCUUUGUAUCACUCAAUACAUCAGAAAACACUUCUAUUAAAAAAAAGAAGCCAUUACUUUAGGAUACACAUUUUUCAUAAUAUUAAAUAAUGAAAAGUUUUCUUAUAUUUUACGUUUAAUAAUGUCCACGAGGCAUUAUCUAAUGCUAACUUUUGGUAAAUUCAGGACAAAUCUAUAGAAGCAAAAAGACACAGUUUAGUCAAAUAAACACCUAUAUUUGUAUUUUGAAUGUUUUCUUUUAACUAGCCUGAAAGAAGACAAAUUAUAUUUAUUUGUUUGCCUUUCCUCAACUUCCAUCAUGAAGGUGGACAUUAGAUGAAAAAACGAUGGAAAUAAUCUUUUUAUGACCCUACCAGUAACCACAGUUCAUCAUUCCCCUUGAGUAGCACAAAUCACACUAAAAGUGGGUCAACCUUGUACUGAGCUGAAUGUUUGAAUCACUGUGAACCACGCUGCACUCCAGGGUAGUAACAUGCUCUUAAUGGUUCCUCUGUCUACCUGUGUGUCUUAAAACGAUGUUUAGAUUAGUAUUCUUUUUUUAAAUGCACUGCUGUUGUUAGGAACACGGUACAGAUAACUUCUAGCAAACUAGCUUGUAGGUGCCACAUAAACCAAGAUGUCCUUGUAUUGAUAGAUUUGAGUCUCUCUUCUGAUUUCUGAGUUCCUCUACCUCCUUAGCAGAACACUGUGUAUGUUGUUAGCAAGAGACAUUGUCCAUGUUUUUUUCUUUCUAUUUAAUUGUACUGAUAUUUUGUAUAAGACCAUAAUUGGACACUUUAAUCAUGCAAACAGGGUGUAUACAUUCAACUAGUAUGUGCCUUAAAGAUAUUAGACUAAUUGGCUUAUUUGAUAAUGAAGUUUAAAUUGCAAUCAAAGUCUAACAACCAGGACCAAUUGGAAAGAGUACAAUGCGUUCUAUGUUUUGUUGUAACAUGGAAGAACAUUUGUUUUCUGUACCUGUGGUUUAUCUGAUGUCACUGUGCAUACCUGAACUGCUUUAAUGUUCUUUAGCCACUUUGGGAAGACAACUGUAAUUAGCUAAAUGUUUCUUAAGUGUAUUUUUCUAGAUUUUUGAAAGAAAAUAAUAUUGUUGUGAGUAAAUGCCAAGACAUACUUUAGCAAUUAUAUAAAAUCAGUUAAGGGCAGUAUCAAGUUUACACUUAAUUCUCUUUUAAAUGCCAAUACGACUGACCAUUUUGAGUAUUUUAACUUCUUCUGCACAAAUAAAAGAUUUAAUUUAAUGUCAUUUUAAACAAUAGUAGAACCUUAUGGACUACAGUUUUUUUGUCAAGUGUUUACAAUCACAAUAAAGAGAUCAGACCAAU